UUCAUUUAUACAAAAUAUACUGUACCUUGCUUUUCACAAAACAAAAAAAUCUGGUCACUUGACCCUUUCACGGAAACUAAAAAUAUGGCUACUUGUAAAUCUCUUAUGAAAUUUUCGCCUGGCACUAAAGCCCUCAUUCAGCUUAUUCAGACAAGGUCUGCUCAAACAGCAUCAGCACCUGCUGCUAAGUCCAAGCCUAAUCUGAAAAAAUUUGAAAUCUACAGAUGGAACCCAGACAAACCUGGUGACAAACCCAAACUCCAGACUUACACUGUGGAUCUUAAUGAUUGUGGUCCUAUGGUGCUUGAUGGCCUGAUCAAAAUCAAGAAUGAACAAGAUGCUACCCUUACUUUUAGAAGGUCAUGUCGUGAAGGGAUCUGUGGGUCAUGUUCCAUGAACAUUGAUGGCACCAACACUUUAGCUUGUAUCUACAAAAUUAAUGACAACCCCAACAAGUCUGUCAAAAUUUAUCCACUUCCUCACAUGUAUGUGGUCAAAGAUUUGGUUCCGGACAUGAGCAAUUUUUACGCCCAAUAUCGCUCCAUUGAGCCCUACUUGAAGAAGAAGGAUGUGACUGAUGCUGAUAUUGGUAAGCAGUCAUAUCUACAAUCUGUGGAGGACAGAGCCAAACUGGAUGGUCUGUAUGAAUGCAUUUUAUGUGCAUGCUGCAGUACUUCUUGUCCAAGCUACUGGUGGAAUUCUGACAAAUAUCUUGGUCCUGCUGUCCUCAUGCAAGCUUACAGGUGGAUGAUUGACUCUCGUGAUGACUUCACAGAGGAACGUCUGUCCCAGCUGGAAGAUGGCUACUCUGUGUAUAGAUGUCACACUAUCAUGAAUUGUACCAAGACCUGCCCCAAGGGCUUGAAUCCUGGCCAAGCCAUUGGUGAGAUCAAGAAACUGAUGAUGAACUAUAACACACAGAAGAGUGCUCAUUAAUGGUGGAGUCAGAGGCUAAACAAGACCAAGAAGAGUUAACUUUAUUAAGUAGAGGGUAGAAAACUACCCUUAGACUAUCAUUAUAGCUGUCACUGGGUAUCUGAGCUUUCAUUUGUUUUUUCUUUCUUUGGUUCUGUUGUGGUUGUUAUGAAUCCAACUGAUAUUUUUGAGUUGAUAUUGUUAAAGCUUUAUUCCUUGUUGGAGAAUAUGCUCAAUAUCUAAACUGUUCUUGUUUAGUUUGGUCACAGUUGUGUCUAGGAUUAGUCCAAUGUAUACUAAUACAUAGAACUCGUUCACUAAUUUACUUUUAUUUUAAACUCAUGGGUUUUUUGUAGAUUGGGUUUGUCAAAAUCUAAAUAUGCUAGCAGUUUAGAACAAAAAAUAUUAACUAUCAUCAAAUACAGGAGAUUUCUACUAAUACCUUAAUUUAUUUAAAUACAACAGAUCUGCUUUGUAAUUUAUACUUGUUUAUCUCAGAGUUGAUUUUAAAGAAUUGUUUGUGGUGUGUCUAAGCCUAUGUAGACUGAGUUCUUUCAGUUUGUAAUAUGUUGAACAUAGUCAUUUGGUUUGGUCAAGUCUGUUUUGUUAUGAUUUAUAAAUUGUGUAUACAUUAACUAAACUGUGAAUGUUUCUAUAGCUAUAUGAAUAUGUGAACAAGAAAAACUUACUAUUAUUUGUUCAAAUAUUGCUAUUUGUGUCUGUCUACAAGUGAGGAGAUAUUUUGUUUCUGAUGGCCAGCAGAUCACAUGGGUUACAUGCCCUUGUCUCCUAGAAUACAAACAUUUCUUUGUCACAAAUAAAUAUUUAAUACCAUAA